AGGUGGGAGGGCGUGAGCGAGCUGGCAGCGGGCGCAUCAUCGGGGAGCGACGCGAGCAGAGCGGCCGCCGCGGGAGAUUGAAGUGUCUGCGCCGCCGCUGGGGCCACUGCCGCCACUGCAGCUGCUCCUCGAGGUGAGGAGGAGAGAAGGAGGAGGGGGCCAGGGGCCGCCCGCCCCUCCGCCGGCCGGCUGCGCAGAGGGAGGAGCGGGAUCGGGACCCCGCCGGAGCCGUGUCCAGGAGCUACUCCCUGGCCCCUUAGAGAAGCCUGGAAGCGACUGUUUUGAUGGAGCUGGAAGUCCGGACUGCGGAGUAAAACUUUGUGGUUUCUUUCCGCGAUUCCCACAUGCCAGUUGCUUACGUGAGACCGACCGCUGGUCCUAUUGCUGCUGCUACCUUGAGUGCUGGGGGGCUAUCGCUCUGUCCACCCACCUGCCGCCGUCUCCUUGCCCCGGCCCAGGGACUGCUCGGUGGGUUUGCCUUGCCAUGUGGGGCUAGGAGAGGUGCAGACGUUCUCCACAGGGUGAAGCCGUAAAGAUGGAGGCGGCGUACAGACCCGACGGCGGGGAGCAGAGUCAUCAAGGCAGCGGCAUGGACGCCCCUGGGGACACUUCUAUGGACUGUUACUUGCGAUCUCAGGGCUUGUACAGAAAGAAAGUUGCCAAGGAUGGAUCUUGUCUUUUCAGGGCUGUGGCCGAGCAGGUGUUGCACUCUCAGUCUCGGCACAUUGAUGUCAGGAUGGCUUGUGUAGACUACCUUCGGAAAAAUAGGGAGAAAUUUGAAGCAUUCAUAGAAGGGCCAUUUGAAGAAUACUUAAAAUGUCUGGAAAAUCCACAGGAAUGGGUUGGACAAGUAGAAAUAAGUGCCCUUUCUCUUAUGUACAAGAAAGAUUUCAUAAUAUAUCGGGAACCAAAUGUGUCUCCUUCACAUGUAACAGAAAAUGGCUUUUCUGAUAAGGUAUUGCUGUGCUUCUCAAAUGGAAACCACUAUGAUAUUGUUUAUCCCAUAGAGUAUUCAGAAAAGGCUGCUCUGUGCCAGUCUUUGCUGUAUGAGUUGCUUUAUGAGAAAGUAUUUGAUACAGAUGUAAAGAAAAUCAUAGCGGAGCUUAGUGCCGUUGGUGUGACAGAGGAAAGCAAUGGUAGCAGUGAAGUAUCUGCUUCAGAUUCAGAAGAUGACAACUACAGAAGUAAAGCUGCAACAGUUACUGAUAUGAAUGGAUUGAAGUGUCUUUCUGGCAACAAGCACCUUAAGAGCAAUGGGAAUCCUACCUUGUUGGUCUUACCUAAAAAGGUUCUUAAAUCACUCAAUCCAGCAGUUUACAGAAAUGUUGAAUAUGAUGUUUGGCUCCAAUCCAAAUGGGAUCAGCAAAAACAAGAUUUUUCUAUUGCUGCUGGCAUGCAAUACUCAGUUGGAGAUAAAUGUAAAGUGCGCUUAGACCAUAAUGGCAAAUUUUAUAAUGCCCAUAUUCAAGAAGUUUGUUCAGAGAAUGGGCCAGUUGUUGUAUUUGUAGAAGAGCUUGGAGCAAAGCAUGCUGUCUCACUGAAGAGCCUUAAACCUCUUCCACAGGCCUCUCCUAUGGAGGGCUGGAACACUGUGCCAGGGAAGAAGAUAAAAAAGUUUUUCCCAACAUGGGGGCAGAAUACGCAGCCCGAUGCAGAUUGCAGAGGGCCAAAGAAUCAGAGCAAGUUAAUAAAACCCCAGUCAGCACUACCUCCUCGACUUCAGCAUACUGUGGGAACCAGGCAGCACCAGUUCUUAUGUUCUGGACCUCAACCUCCUCAGACCUCAACUGAGCAAAAAGCUCCAGGCAGGAAUCCUUCCCAGACUGUAAGAAAACCGGACCGCGAGAGAACUGAGGACCUGAACCACGGCAGCAGAGAUUGUAACUACUUUGGCCUGUCUCCAGAGGAACGCAGGGAGAAACAGGCAAUAGAGGAAUCUCGUUCUCUGUAUGAGAUCCAGCAGAGGGAUGAACAAGCUUUUCCUGCUCUUUCCAAUAGUCAGUCAGUCUUUCAGACUGGUGCACAGACUAUGGAUAAUUUAAACCAGAAGAAGUUCUCAAGUAAUGAGAGAAGAAACAGCAAAUGGACAGCAGAGGUGGAAGAGCAGAAGGAUAAAGAGUCAAAUUCCAGGCAGAUCCACUUAAGUCAGAAGCUUGAGCCAAAUUCAUCUGAGAAGAAUAGUCAAGAUGAGAGUUAUCCAAAAGCUUCAUCUCCUUUGGAACAAGUAAAAACAGACUCUCCGAUUCUUGCUGAACAGAACCUGACAGAAUGCUUACCAAGUGUAACUCCAACACCCUCACCAGUCUUUUCUGAGGUGCAUUUACCUCCAGCAGUGCCUUCUGUACCAGCCAUUGUGCCAGCUUGGCCUAGUGAGCCAACAACUUAUGGACCAACAGGUAUUCCAGCCCAGAUACCUGCUUCUUCAUUGAUGCCAGCCCCAGCAACGGGACCUGACUCUAUUGUAUCACAGGCUCAGGUAACAUCUGCUCCAGUUGCUGGAGUUCCUGUGUCGCUACAAGCAGUUAACCAGCCUUUAAUGCCUUUGCCUCAGACUCUGAAUCCUUAUCAGGAUCCGCUAUACCCUGGAUUCCCUAUUAGUGAAAAGGGAGAAAGAGCCGUUGCACCCUCUUACUCCCUGUGCAAUACUGGGGAAGACUUGCCUAAAGAUAAGAAUAUCCUUAGAUUCUUCUUCAAUCUUGGUGUGAAGGCAUACAGUUGUCCCAUGUGGGCACCCCAUUCUUACCUGUACCCCCUGCACCAGGCCUAUUUAGCUGCUUGUAGAAUGUACCCAAACGUGUCCCUGCCUGUGUACCCACACAACCCCUGGUUCCCAGAGGCUCCGCCGACUCAGAAUGAAAAUGAAACUGCACGAGCCAACAGGCAUUUCCCAGUUCAGAGUGAGGCCAGAUCCAACGGCCACAUUCCCCAGGUCGAUGGCAGAUCUCCGUCGCUGCCUCUGAUUAUACCCACGGCUCAGGUGUCAGAAAAUCAAGGACAGGUCUGCGUGGAAUCGGAGAAUCCAGCACAACCUCUUCAUGCAAACUAUGAGGAAUCCCUGAGAGGGAAAAAUAUGUUCCCCCAGCCACCCUUUGGACACAAUCCCUUUCUAGGAGCUGUUCCAAUUCCACCUCCUUUCUUUCCUCACUUUUGGUAUGGGUACCCAGUUCAGGGCUUCAUUGAAAAUUCAGUAGCGAGAGCUAACGUUGUCGUGUCACCCGAGGACAAAGAGGCAACGGUGAGCGCCUCGGUGAACGUGUACGUGGCUAAAGAAUGCGGCCUGCCGGUUCCUGCAGCAGACUCUGCAGAGCACCUUCAGAAGGCCAACAGCAGCAGCUCCAGCACCAUACACUUCCCUGGGGCUGGUGCAAGCAGCGAAGGCAGAGCCCCAAAAGAAACUUCAGCCAGAGCACCUCACUUGGAGCAGACUUGUCCCACGCCUUCUCCUGCUAAGCAAAAAACAGCUGGGCAGCAAAAUCGUUCUCUGCAAACACAGGGGGCUGAGAAGCAGACAGCAGUGCCCAACGCUCCACCGCGGUUGGUGGAACCACCAAAAAAUGAACUGAAAACCAGCAUUCCCGGUCGGAAGGACAAGAGUGAGAAGGGUAGAGAGCCCAAGGGUGCUGGCCAUCACCAGGCAGACAGCAGGGCCCAGAGAACGAGGGAAGAGAGCUCUGAAGAUGAGUGUGAGGUUUCCGAUAUGCUGAGGAGCGGUCGAUCCAAGCAGUUCUAUAACCAGACUUACGGUGGAGGCCGAAGGCCUAGAUUUGAAUGGGGCUAUUCCAGCAGGGGAGGGUACCAGUUCGAAAGGAACGAGGAGGCCUGGAAAGGCCCACCCAGCAGGGGCAGAGACGAUGGCUACCACUAUCAGAGGAACUUCAGAGGGAGGCCCUACCGGAAUGACAGGAGAAGGGCGACACUGGCAGAUAGUCAGAGGGGGCAUCAAGCAUAGAAGGGGUGGGUAGUAGAAAAUUUUAAAAUGCAAAAAGUUAAUUUGAAGUAGCAGUUGAAAAUCUUAAUCUUUCUUUAAUUUAGUGGAGUUCAACUCGCGGCGAAUAAAGACAUGAAUGAACUCCUACCAUGUGGGUUUUGGGCUAUUAUGGAGUUUCUUUGACUUAGCGUUUUUUCCUCAAUGUCAAAGGAGGAAAAAAAACCAAAAUAGGUUUAGGUUUGGUAAUUGAUUUUUUUCCCCACAAAGGUUUGAGUUUGCGAUAGAAAAUGGACGUGUAGGCUUGCUCGAGUGACAAAUUUUAGCAUUUAAAGUGAUCUAGAGUCUAAAAUGGAUGGUAACAUUGCACCAAAUAUAAAUGUCUAUUUUAUCAUACAAUGCCUUAGUUCAGAACUGAGCUAAAGGAAUUCUCAGCCUCCUGCACUGUUGUCUUUGAUAUGCUUCCGACCCAAAGGCCUUUCAUCUCAACAACAACAACAAAUAAUCUGUCAAACUUGAAUGUUUCUCUUCAGUGUGUUACACGUACGGCAGCCAGCGAACCCUGUGUCUUAGGUAUGUUGUAUAUAGUUCUUUUCAUAUUCAUAGGGUAUAUUUUUGAAUUUUCAAAAGCAUUUAUUUGUGGAAAUCAAAACCAAGGCGACAAGCAGUCAAUAGCUCUGUGUGACUCGGUAAGAAUGGCCGCUUCCACCAAGAAUUGUUAACGCUGGUGUGACAAGAACGGUGCCUAUGCCAACCGAAUAAUUACAAAGACAAUAAAAAUGUAGAUGCUAUGCAUUUCCAAACGAAUUCUGCAUCUGUUAUAAUAGCAGAAGUUUUUUUUAAUGCCACUUUAACACUAAUGCACUGACAAAUCCUAGAUAUUUUGUGAGGAGAGAUGCGUAAAGUACAUGUUACCUUUUUUUUAAGUUUGUAUGAUGGAGCUACUGUUCAGUAUUCUUUUGUUGUUGCACUGUUGAUCCAAAUGGGUGUUUUGCAUGUAGAACUCCUUGCUGGAACUACUUUUAGAAGCAAGCUGGAGAGUCCCGGUGUGCUCUGCUCUUUCCCGCACUUCAGAAGAAAGUGGCUUCUGCCUUAUAUUUUUACACUGUGUCAGUUCUGAUGCUGUUUCUUCUGACCCUGGCGAGGAUCCCCGCAGCGUUCCUGUUGCCUUGGCUGCGCUGAUGGGACUGGCGAGGGCAGCGUGCACCGUACUCACACAGCUCUUGCUCUGUAAAAUUAACUGUUGUGUAUAUUUUUCUAUCUCUGUACAUACCAGUGUAGGUGAUGGUACCCUGUCAUUCACGUCCAAGAUUGUACACCCUUCAUCAGGAAACUUGACUGAUAGAUAUGUGAUAAAGAAUUUCUUUUUAGAUGCAUGCCAUGUAUAAAACCCUACUUAAAAUAAAUAUUUGUCUUUUCCCUUUCUUUCUAAAUUAU